ACCGUUCCUCGCCGAGUCCCGCGGGGUGCACGCGACAUGUUCGGCAGUAAAAAGAAAGAUUGUGAACUUGAAGACGUCGAGCUAUUUGUAACGAGAUACAAACCAGAACGCUUAGAAUAUUUAUGCAAAACAACAAAGUUCACUCGAAAAGAAAUUAGGCUAAUGUAUCAAGGCUUUAAGCAGGAAUGCCCCACUGGAGUAGUUACGGAAGAUAACUUUAAGGAUAUAUUUGCACAGUUUUUUCCUCAAGGAGAUUCUACUCAAUAUGCGCAUUACGUGUUUAAGUCCUUCAAACAAUCCCAUGGAGGUACAAUUAACUUUGAGCAAUUCUUGAGCAUCCUCUCCUUGCUGUCGAGGGGUAGUGUCGUUGACAAGCUGAAGUGGGUCUUCGGUCUGUACGACAUCAACGGCGAUGGCUAUAUAACAAAACAGGAAAUGCUCAAUAUUGUGAGUGCCAUUUAUGACAUGCUAGGACAUUACACUGACCCCGCAGUCACGGAACAUUCUGCAAGAGAGCACGUGGAGAAAAUAUUUCAUUUAAUUGAUCAAAACAAAGAUGGCGUGAUAACCAUGGAUGAAUUUAUGGAAUGGUGCCAAAAAGACGAGACACGAACAAAAAGCCUUUUCAUGCUGGAUACCAUAUUGUGACCCAUAGCCUAAUAUCGGGCAUUAAAUUGUGGUAUACUGCAUUAGGUCUACUGCAAGAUCUAAGAAGAUUUCAUCAGCAUCGUCUUAAUCGAUCCUAUUUUGCAUUUGUAUACUUCCCAUGUAGUCACCUGGGAAAAGGUCAAAACAAAAUGCAUUUUUAUACCGAGUAUAUGCAAAAUGUUAAAUAUGAUUUUGCGGUAAUUUCUAGCUUACUUGAGAAUCGAUAGAAACAAAAAAAAAAAAAAAAAAUAAGGUGAUUUGAUUUAGAGAAGUAUAUGAGAGUCAUAUUUACUUAUGUUUUCUGCUUUGAAACGAGUGUUUUGCUUUCGUUCAUAUUUAUUUCUAAAAAUAUUAUAGAACAUCGCUGCUUGAAUUAUGCGGAAUAUAAAAACAUUUAGAAUCGAGUCUCUGCUACAGUAAGUAACUUAAAAACAGCGGGAAUGACAAGAUUACUUAUUGGUAAACAGUCCUAAGAAAAAUGAGAUGUCUGUUUUUCCUUUAAACGAAGUCUAAAGUUUUUGAUUAAAUUACUUCUAGAACUUAAGACAUUUUAUUUAAAACUGAAAAUACAAAACUGAAAUGGCGAUCGAUGGAGCGACCAAAACACAAGAGCACUGUUGUUACAACAUGCUUGUAAAUUUCCGACGUUCACACGAAUAUCCCUUCCCAAAUGAUACAGAUAGCAGGGG